AUGUCCUUUGGACAGAUGAGAGCACUUUGGAGAGUUUUGUCCAUAGUGCACAGCAUCAUGUCUGCUGACUGGGUCAUACAAGCCUUUGGCCUUGUGUUGCAGGUGUACUACAAGCAGAGAAACUAUUGGCCGUUUGUUUGGUGUGUUCGCUACAUCAGCCCACAACUCGCCUCCCACGUUGAACAGUUCAGGCACCUGGAGCCGGUGCUAAGCACUGGGAUGAAGAGUGCUGGUGAAAGCUACAAGGCUGAGCGUUGGCUGCUUCACAGCUUACAGGUUCACAUGCUGUCAUCGCAGCUCCGACCUUUGCUCAAGCAUCUGGGACACACGCGUAAAUACUACAAUGAUGAUGCUUUUCUGCUGAGUGAGCCUCAUGUGACCGCCAUGUUCCAGUGCGUGGAAGCUGUGGAGCAGAAUAAUCCCAAACUGCUCGCCCAAGUAGACACUGUUGGGCUGUCCCCUCUGAAGGGCCCACCUUGCCUGGGACUACUGAAGAGCCAGAGUCUGUGUGUCUUGCCCGGAUCUGGUGGGGCCUGGAGAAACGCCGACAAGGCUCCCAGUAGAGAAUCUCUAAGCCGCAGACUCACCACCUCCAACUGCUCUCUGCGAGAAGCAGCCGCCACCAGCCAAAACUCUGCAAGCACUACAGCAGCUGGAUCCUCAAACAGCAACAGCACAAACACUACCUCUCAAACCAGCAGCCUGGAAUCUGAAUGGGUGGUUGUCACCAGUCCGGGGGAGAACGCACGAGGUGCCACACCCCCACCUGGCUCAGCGUCCAUCCCUUCAAUCUCAUUAACGGACACCAACUCGACGCCCUCCUUCCUUCAGCCUGAGGCUGACGAGUACGGUGGCGGCGGUGACUCUGACGAUGGUCCAGAGUAUUUGGCCAUCGGUAACCUCGGGCAACGCAACGAUCGACGCAAUUCCCAAAGCUCCACCCACAGCAGCGAGCGGGGGGGGAACACGGACCAAUCCCUGCAGCGUUCUACUACACAGGCCCCGCAGAGGCGUUCAUCUUUUUCAGAGGGCCAGAAGGGGCCGGGGAGGGGGCUCAAAGGACACACUCGAUCAUUCUCUGACACGGGGGUCAAUCAGAAACUCAGGAAUGGAGGGGGCCACAGAAAAAUCACCAUAAUAAUAGAGGACCCGGUAGCAGAAUCAGCAGGCGAGGACUGCUGCAUGAAAGACUACAGCCCGUUCUCACCUCAGCACAGUGAUACCAGCACAUCCAGCUCUCUUUACAUGGAGUCUUAUGGGUCCCAGUACAGCAGUACCUCAGAGGGGAUGUUCAGGAGGCCGUCAGAGGGGCAGAGCCUCAUCAGCUACCUGUCAGAGCAGGACUUUGGCAGCUGUGCAGACCUUGAGAAGGAAAAUGCCCAUUUCAGCAUCUCCGAGUCGCUUAUUGCUGCCAUCGAGCUGAUGAAGUACAACAUGCGGCGCCAGGAGGAGGGCGAGGAGGAAGGAGACAGUGACAACGAGAUUCAGCAGCUGAAGCAGAAGAUUCGCCUGCGGAGGCAGCAGAUCAGACGCAGCCGUCUGCCGCCAUCAGCAAACUCCCAACACGCUUUUCACUCCACUGACAGUGGAGGCUCCAGGAGGAGCUCUCAGGACUCCUACCAGGGCCUGUCUGACUCGGGCUCAGCGGAGGAGGUGGAGGAGUGUGAACUGCGAGAUGGCUGUGAGGGUCAGUCCCUGUUGGCGAUGUCUCAGAACGGCCUCUCCCUGUCACUCGCCUCCCUCUUCUCAGAUGCAGACAUAAAGCACAGUGUGAGCUCCAGCGGCAGAUCUUUUCUCAGCUCAGAUUCAAUCCCAGACUCUCUGCCGAUCUCUCCUGAUGACGGCGAGCACGCAGAUAUCUACAAGUUAAGGAUUCGGGUCAGAGGUAACCUCGAGUGGGCGCCGCCGCGACCACAGAUCAUCUUCAACAUUCAUCCUGCACCCAAGAGGAAGAUAAUUGUGGCUAAACAGAACUACCGCUGUGCUGGCUGUGGCACCCGCAUUGACCCAGACUACAUUAAGCGGCUACGUUACUGCGAAUACCUCGGCCGGUACUUCUGCCAGUGCUGUCAUGAAAACUCUCAGGCCGUGGUUCCCGGCCGGGUGCUGAGGAAGUGGGACUUCAGCAAAUACUAUGUCAGCAACUUUGCCCGGGACCUGCUGAGCAAGAUUUCUGGAGAUCCGCUUUUCAACCUCAACGAUAUCAACAGCGAGCUGUACAAGAAAAACAAAUCUCUGGAGACUGUUCGAGUUUUGAGGAUGCAGCUUUUUCACAUGAAAAAUCUCUUCAAGACGUGUCGCCUCGCUAAAGACUUGUUGGACAAGUUCGACAGCCUGCCGGGUCACCUGACAGAGGACUUUCACCUCUUCUCCCUCAACGACCUCACUGCUGUGCGCAACGGGGAACUGGGUUCCCGAAUGAAAGAGCUGCUGAAACUUGGUACCAUGCACGUAGCCAGCUGUGUGCUGUGCCAAGCAAAAGGCUUUGUUUGCGAGUUCUGCGGGAACGACAAAGACAUCAUCUUCCCUUUCCACCUGAGCAAGUGCCAGCGUUGCGAAGGUGAGCCCUCUCUGCUGGUGGCAGGCCUGG